CCCCGGAAGCAAUCCUAAAAGGUCGGGACGACACCAUGGCGGUGCGGACGGCUUUUGGAACUGUGUGUCGGCGCCUCUGGCAGGGCUUGGGCACUUUUUCUGUUAACAGUUCUAAGAGCAGUACAGUAAAAAAUGAUGGCUUUCUUCUCAGUACCAAUAUGAAGUGGGUACAGUUUUCAAAUCUACACAUGGAUGUUCCUAAGGACAUGACCAAACCUACGAUAACAAUUUCUGAUGAACCAGAUACAUUAUAUAAGCGCCUGUCAGUUUUAGUAAAAGGCCAUGAUAAAGCUGUAUUGGACAGUUAUGAACAUUUUGCUGUGCUUGCUGCUAAAGAACUUGGUAUCUCUGUUAAAGUACAUGAACCGCCAAGAAAAAUAGAGCGAUUUACUCUUCUCAAAUCAGUGCACAUUUUCAAGAAGCACAGAGUGCAGUAUGAAAUGAGAACACUUUACAGAUGUUUAGAGUUACAGCACCUAACUGGAAGUACAGCGGAUGUCUACUUGGAAUAUAUUCAGCGAAACUUACCUGAAGGGGUUGCCAUGGAAGUAACUAAGACACAAUUAGAACAGUUACCAGAACACAUCAAGGAGCCAAUCUGGGAAACAGUACCUGAGGAGAAAAAAGAAACCAAGUCAUAGGCUCCAAGGAGGCUACUCACGCUUCAAUUGGAAAUAAGCAUGGGCCAGAUGUAUUUGUUUACAUGAAGAGUGAUUCCAACUGAGAUGAUUUAAAGUCCACCUAACUUCUGUUGAGUCCUCAGGUCCUGGUGAGCUGAGAGCAGGGAAGAGGAUGUUAAUGACAGACUGGUCUAUAGUGAAAGACGCACUCUGUCCUUUUACACAUGUCCUUGUUUUAGUUCUGGUUUUAGCAAACAUGAACAAACCAUUUUGACUACCAUCAGCAAAAGAGUCAAAUUCAUAUUUUGUUGUACUGCUGCUGUUCAGUUAUUAGUUUAUACCAGUUUUAAUUUAUUUCAGUUCUUUCAUCUGAAAAUAAGUGUUCAAAGUUUUCAUUUUUUUUUUUUUUUUAAGAGACAGAAUCUCACUUUAUCGCCCUUGGUAGAGUGUUGUAGCAUCACAGCUCACAGCAACCUCCAGCUCCUGGGCUUAGGUGAUUCUCUUGCUUCAGCCUCCCGUGUAGCUGGGACUACAGGUGCCCACCACAAGGCCCAGCUAUUUUUUUUUGUUGCAGUUUGUCUGGGGCUGGGUUCGAACCUGCCACCCUCGGUAUAUGGGGCCGGUGCCUGACUUUUUGAGCCACAGGCGCCGCCCUAUUCAAAGUAUUCUUCACACACGUUUUUUUCUUUCAAAGUGCCUAAAAGGAACCAGUGGCUGAUUAACACUGAACAGUUAAAAAGUUUUCGAUAUAUACUUGAGUACAACCUGGCACAUGCUCAUUUGGGAGUGGUAAGAACAGAUUUUACUUCACUUAAGCAUCGCACUCUGGAGAGUGAGUAUACUUUGCAGCAGACGAGCACAUGUGUGACACACACUGACCUCACGUAGCCCAGUCCCUUACGGAGCAGCCUGCAGGGGUCACUGUGAUGGAACUUAUGCUCUCAAGAAAUUAUUACUUGUAUUUUCCUGUGAUUCAUUCAUUCAGUAGCUUUUAUUUCAUUGCACCUAGCACUGUAGUAAAUACCAAUAAUUAAACAGAAAUAAUGGUUUUUGAAAAUUGCGUAAGGCACAGAAAAAUAUUUUUAUUAAAUUCCACUGGUAAGAAAGCUUCUUUCUUUUGGUAAAUGUCACACUUUUUGUUUAGAGAUGUCUACUUUUCCAUGAAAUUAAAUAGUAGCUGAAGCCCUGAAAGAAGCAAGCUCACAGUGGGCCAAAACAGGUAGUAUAGCAAACCCGGGGGAGCGCUUCAUUUCCUUUUCAGGGCAGAAUCAGGUUCAUGUCUUUUGUGGAUUCCUUUACAUCUUUAGAGUAGUUAUGACUUCUCAGUACUUGCCCCACUUCAACUGAAUUGCUUAUUAUCUUUUCCUGGCCCAGUGGCAGGUAUUCGGUGUGUUGAAUGCAUACUGCUCAUGUAUCAAACUUACAUUACUGUCAUUAACAUGAAAAGAUUACAGCCUGUGCCCCAUGACCUUCCACUCAGUUGUUGACUCUGUCAUUCCAAAUGCCUAAUGCAUACUUACCCCAGGUAUAAGCCUCAGGAUUAAGAACUAGUCAAUAAAAUGAGAACAAUAUAAUGUGUUUAACAAAGCAGUAAUUUGUGACUUGUUUUUAUCUUUGAAGAAAUUAUCCUUUAAGUAUACACCCACACCUAAGCUUUUCUGACCUAUUUUACAGACAGUAUAAAUCACUGUAUUAUAAUAGGGUGACACGUGUCCUCACCUUCCAUAUUAGCUCCUUUCAAAGUUGUGUGCAUCCACUUGCAGCUAUUUUCAGAUUAAACUAACCUGUAAACAAGAUUAGAUUACUUAGUUUAUCAGUUCAAAUUAUAUACUAAAAUCUUGUUUUGGGCGGCCCCUGUGGCUCAAAGGAGUAGGGCGCCAGCCCCAUAUACCGGAGGUGGCGGGUUCAAACCCAGCCCUGGCCAAAAACUGCAAAGAAAGAAAGAAAAAAAAUCUUGUUUUUAGAUAAAUGUAAAAACAAAAUAUGCCUGUGCACAGGCAUGCACAAAGCUAACAGUAUUUCUUUGACGCAAGUAUUUGGCAUAUUUGAAGCCUACUUCUUGAUAGAAACAAGCUAAUUUCUUAUCCUGAUUGGCUGAGAAUAUUUUAUGUUUUGUUUGUUUUAGAUUAGGUCUCUGAGUAAAAUGCAUAUCUUUAAAAUUAAUGCCCAGGUGUCACUUUCUGUCCAUGGUAGGGAUGGGAAAUGGUGGGAGAAAAGCAGAUCUUAUGGUAGGAGGCAGAAGGCGGGAAGUGAGACGAAUUUGUAUAAGGUGUAGCCCUGGGUUCAUGCUGCUUUCUCUAAUCUGAAGCAUAUUUUUUUCAUAUUAAAUAAAAUCAUGUUCUGGUCUAUUUAAAAUUAUUUGUAUAAUUCUAUGUAUCUCUGGUAAGACGGAUUAACUAGAUCAGUGUCAAGAUUCAGUGCUUUCAAAGAAGAUGACUUACCUAUUGCUAUGACCAUUUAAACAUGCCACAGUGAAUAUAUAAAGCAAUUCUUUUA